GACCACCCCUUUCAUCAUUAACCUACGAAUGACAGAUAAAAAGCACAAGGAAAAAAGAUUGGAAAAGUUGAUGUAAUAAACGUGAUCGAAUUAUUUAAGCUAAUAAAACGAACGAAUUGCUGUAAAUCACGAUAUCUACUCGACUAGCGAAAUAAAGUAAAAAUUAGAUUAGAUGGAGGAAUAUGCUCGAGAGCCAUGUCCUUACCGAAUUGUGGAUGAUUGCGGAGGUGCUUUUGCCAUGGGGUGCAUAGGUGGUGGCGUAUUCCAAGCGAUAAAAGGAUUUCGAAAUGCCCCCUCUGGCUUCAACAGGCGAUUGAUUGGCAGUUUAACAGCUAUCAAAGCCCGCUCCCCAAUUAUUGCUGGAAACUUUGCCGUUUGGGGUGGAAUGUUUAGCACAAUCGAUUGCACUUUGGUACAUUUCCGGAAGAAGGAAGAUCCCUGGAACUCGAUAAUUAGUGGCGCUGCGACAGGAGGGAUAUUGGCAGCUCGUAAUGGCGUUGGAGCUAUGGCCGGAAGUGCCAUCAUAGGAGGGGUACUACUGGCAUUGAUUGAGGGUGUGGGGAUUAUGUUUACGAGGCUGUCAGCAGAACAAUUCCGUUCACAACCAAUCGCGGAAGAUCCGUCAGCAUUAGGAGAUCCAACACAGAACGCUUCCUCGUCAGGGUCGACAUCGUCCAUGCCAUUCGGUUUUGGUCAGUCAGGUCAAAAUUAUCAAUAGGAUUGGUUAUCCUUUUUUGUAAGGUUUAGCUCGUACUGUUAAAUUUAGAACCACGUGUGAAAAAUCUGAAUGAUUGCUGUAGAUCUGCUGUGUACUUGUGCUAGAUUAAAUGAAUGGAAUGUAUCACACAAAAUAGGCAGUCGUGAUUAUAUGCCAGUGGGAUCAUUGCGAAACAUUGCGUGACGAAAGGGACAAUCUUUCCAGUCUAAUCCAAAAAGUCACUGUUUACUUCCUGUGAUUAUUGUCUGAAAGUGACUUCCUCUUUUCACCUAUGGAUAGGGAACAGAGGAUCGACUAGAAAGGAAACAUAACCCUUUUAUUAGAAUACAAUAGUUUGUGGGACGUUCGUGUGUGUAUAGGUCUAUUAUAAAGGAUUCAGAAGGCUAACAAAUUCUCAAUAAACAAUUCUGAGAGUCUUUCGCUUUAAAAAUGAAUCUGAAAAUACACCUCUUUGUUGUAAAA